AUGAAAGAAGGACCAUUUUUUUAUAACCUUCUCAUAUCAUAACUGAUUAAUCAGAAUAGUUUUUUGCAAAAAGAAUAAUAGAAUAAAAAAUGUUGUCAAGCAUGUUUUCUUCCAAUCGGUUCUCAUACAUUUUGUUGUGGAACAGAUAAUACAAAAAAAGAUUUUAAAUAAUUUGGAAUGGGCAUCAAUUUAUAUUUUCGGUUUUUGAAAAAAUUAGGACACUUUUUCAUUAUUUUUACCAUAUUAUCAAUCCCACAAUUGUUCUUUAGUGUAUUAGCUUAUGUUGGAAGCGAAUCUCGAGAUUCUACUGAUUCAUUUCAGUUUUUAAUGGCUACUACCAUAGGUGCAACUAGUCUAAAUAAUAAAGAUUGUUAAAUAUAAGUUUAUAGUGUAACUGAGUUCCCAGAUGAUUAAAUUGAAUUUAAUUUACAGUGUGAUUCUGGCAAUCUUGCAGGAUCAUCAUUUUAUUAUGGCAUAAUAAAUUCAAAUGAAUAAGAUUGCAUUUAUUUGGGUAAAUCUGAAUUAAAUUUAAAUUCAACUAAUUAAGAUAGAUUAAAUUCAUUAAGACAAUAAAUCAAUUCAAAAGAAGAAUUUUCAUUUACUUUAAGAAAAUCAGAUUUUGUGAAUGAAGAUCCAACAGGGAAGAGAAUUUAUGCCGGAGCAUACUGUAAAGAAUCAACAAUAACAAUUGGAUCACUAGAAUUAAAAUAAAAAAUAAUACCGAUCAUCUUUGCAUCUUGUGACGCCGUCAUAGUUUUACUUUUCAUCUAUUUUUUAAUUAGCUUAACUGCUAGUGAAAAUAAAUACAGUAAACUAUCAUAAAAAGAGACUCCUACUUUAUAGCAUUUUUCCAUUUAGCUAUCAAAAUUACCAAAAAUUGAAAAAUUAAUUAAAUUCUCAAAAAACAAUGAUGAAUUUGAUAGGAAGAAAGAUUUAUUGCUUUUUGAGGUGAAAUAAUUCAUUAAUGAAUAAUUAAAGUUAGUUCUAAAUGAUUAACAAUUAUAGAUUUAUGAUAUUCAAAUUUCAGAAAAUGAAGAGUUAUUGCAAUUACAAAUUUAAAUAAAAUAGAGAAAACUUAAGAUAUAAGAGCAAUUAGAUAAACUAAAAUUCAUAGAUACAGAUAUAUUUAAAGAUGCCUUAUCGAAAGUAAUAGAAUAAGAUAAAAAUCUUACAUAAACAUUAUAUAAAUAAUUUUACUAAAAUUUUAGAAAUCUUUUGUAGAAUCCAAAUAAAGAGCAAAAAAUAGAUUAACCUAAUCGACUUAUUGUAAAAUACUGGAAAGAAAUAGAUGAAAUAAAUUAAAAGAUUGAUAAAAUCUAAUUAGACGAGAAUUCAAAAUAUAUCUGGGUUACAUUUGAUACAAUAAACUAAAAGGAAAUGGUGUAAAAGAAACUUUAAAGCCUUCCUAAAGAUUGGCUUUAUUAUUAUACUUGUCUUAAAUGUUUUGAUGAUAGAGAAGAACAAGAGAAAUUUCUGCUUAAAAAAUUUAAGCUUUAGGUUAAAGAUGCUCCAAUACCUGAAAAUAUAAAUUGGAAGAAUCUUAAUUAUUCUAUGAAACAAAGAUUUUUUAGAUAGCUAAUAAGCAUGCUUUUUACAUUAAUUUUAUUAGCCUGCUCAUGGGUUUUAGUAAGUUGGGUAAAUCUUUAGAAAUCUGAUUUUCAAGAGAAAUAUCCAUCAAUAAAUUGCAAUAAUAAAAUUUAUGAUAACAUUACUAUAGAAUAGGUUCAAUAAGAAAUUGAUAAUGAUAACAACUCAGCUAUUAAAGGUUAUGUAGAAUGUUAUUGUAAACCUAAGUUUAGUGAAAUUAUUUAAGGAGAAUAUGAAAUAUGUUAAGAUUGGGGUAAAUAGUACGCAUUCUAAUAAUCAUUACCAUGGAUUAUUGUAGCAGGACUGAUAGCAAUAAAUGUAUUAAUUUAGUACAUAUUAAUCUUUUUAUCAAAAUGGGAAGCGCAUCUGAUGAUUUCGGAAGAAUAUUCAAGCAGAAUUUUGAAAAUAUUUCUAGCUUAGUUUUUAAAUACUGGAUUGAUUCUGCUAAUCUCAAAUAUUGAUUUUGGUAAUUCUACUAGAAAUGAUGCCCCCAAGACAGUAAGAUUUCUUUUUGGAGGAAAGUAUGGAGAUAUUGAUUCUAAAUGGUGUCAAAACAUAGGAAUUGUUUUGUUAUUAACUUUAUUGAUUAAUAUAUUAACUUAACCAAUUAUGCUUAUGGUGGAGAUAAUUAUUAGAUAUGUAAGAAAGGCAUAUGAUUAAUGUUCAUGUUGUUUAAAUGAGAAGAAAACUAGACAAUAAAACUAUUAAGAUUUUAAAGAUUUAUAUAAAGGAGAGGAAUUUAGAGUUGAAUUGAGAUAUGCUCAAAUUUUGACUGCCCUUUAUAUAUGCGUUAUGUAUAGUCCUGCACUCCCAUUCUUAUAUUUCAUUACAAUGUUGACAGUUUGGUUCCUUUACUUUGUGGAUAAAAUCUCUAUUUUCAAUACAUAUCGUAAACCUAUUAGAAUAGAUUCGAUAAUUAGUGAAUCUGUGAGAAAAUAUUUAUGGAUUGCAGUUGUUAUACAUUUAAGCUUUGCAACUUAUAUUUAUGGAAGCUCUAAUUUAUUUUAUGAAACUGUCGAGGCUGAAAUAGUAAUUGAUUAAUUAUAGAAUGUAUAUGGAUAAGAGAAUGUAGUUGUAGAAUGGUGGGAUAGAUCUUGGAGUUAAAUUCCUAAUGUCAUUUUGUUAGUAAUCCUUGCUCUGAUUGUAAUUUUAAUAAUUUUAUUCUUCUUUUGUUAUAAACCAAUAGUGGGAUUGUUUUCUAAAUGUUUUGGUUGCUGCAAUGAAGAAAUUUUAUAGAAUAAUCCUGGAUUAGAUUAAUAUGAAUAAAGACCACUUUUGAAAUUUCUAAAGAAAGAAUAGAUAGUAGAUGAUCUACAAUUCACUUUAUAAUAAAAAGAUGGGAAUCCUAAAAUUUAUGAUGACAAAUAUCUCAAAUUAGAGGCAGAAUGCAUAUAACUCUAUGGGAGUAUGGGUAGAGUUCCUUUUGGAAUAAAUCGAGAGUAUAGACAAGAUUAAUCGUAAAAUAUAAGUAGACAACCAGCUGUGAAUAAUAAUGGAAACUAAUCAUAAAUAGCUCAAAUUAAUAAUAACAAUGCAAAUUAAAAUGGUGAUGCGAAAAAUUAAAUUAAUAAUUAAGCCUAAGAAGAGAAUCAUUAGAAACUGAUUGGUUUAAGAUCGUUUAACAAAGCAUAUAAUAAAACAUAUAAAUAAUACUAUGAGUGGGAAUUUAUUAGAUCAAUUAAAGUAGAUGUGUAAUAAAGAUGA